GAACAAUUAAUUCUCUCUUUCAAUCUCUGUCACCUCAUUCAACUUCCCUUGACUCAUCCGCCAUCGCCUUCUUCCUGCUUUCACCCACAAAGAGAAAGGAAGGGAGGGAGAGACGAAUUCAAACAAAAUGCGCUUCCUCCUAUUUCUCUUUCUGCUCCACCUCCCCUACUCUACAGCCGCAAGACCGUCCCGGAUGCCGGAAUACAACGCAUUGCUCUCUAUCAAAGCCGCCAUCAACGACGACACACAAUCGUCUUUGGCCUCCUGGGGCGCCUCAACCAGUUACUGUGCUUGGCUGGGGGUCACGUGUGAUCCCUCCCGGCGUCAUGUGACAGCACUGGAUAUAUCCAAUCUCAAUCUCAUCGGUACCCUCUCCUCCGACGUCGGCCACCUCCGCUAUCUUGGAAAUCUCUCUAUCGCUGCCAAUAGUCUCUUUGGUCCCAUUCCUGGUGAAAUCUCCCAUAUCCCAAACCUGCGUUAUCUUAAUCUCUCCAACAAUGGCUUCAACUCAAGCUUCCCGAUACAGCUUUCCCGCCUCAAAAAUCUUCAAGUUCUCGACCUUUAUAACAAUAAUAUGACUGGUGAGCUUCCAGAAGAACUGUCUUUUCUCAUUAGUCUUCGUCACUUAAAUAUCGGGGGAAAUUUCUUCACCGGUCAGAUUCCGCCGGCGUUCGGCAACUUCCCCAACCUUGAAUACCUCUCGGUUUCGGGUAACGAGCUCACCGGGUAUAUUCCCCUGGGGAUAGGAAACUUGACUGAACUCAAGGAACUCUAUAUUGGGUACUUCAACAACUUUUCUGGUGGUAUACCUAAGGAGAUUGGAAACUUGUCGGAGUUGAUAAGGUUUGAUGCUGCAAGUUGUGGGAUCUCCGGGGAGAUUCCGGUAGAACUCACCAAGUUGCAGAAUCUGGAUACUAUCUUUCUUCAAGUAAACGGCCUUUCUGGGUCCUUGACUAAGGAGCUUGGGAAGCUAAAGAGCUUGAAAUCAAUGGAUUUAUCUAACAAUAUGCUUUCUGGUGAAAUACCACCCAGCUUUGCCGAGCUCAGAAAUCUGACUCUGCUAAAUCUUUUCAGGAACAGGCUUACAGGAUCCAUACCCGAUUUUAUUGGGGAGUUACCUGAGUUGGAGGUUUUACAGUUGUGGGAUAACAACUUUACAGGAAGCGUUCCACAGAACCUGGGGACUAAUGGGAAUCUGAAGGAAGUAGACGUUAGCUCCAACAAAUUGACCGGAAUCUUGCCGCCCAAUCUGUGUAGUGGUAAUAAGCUUCAAAAGAUAAUCACUUUAGGAAAUUAUCUGUUUGGUCCGAUCCCGGAAUCCCUAGGUCAGUGCGUGUCACUAAGUCGAGUACGGAUGGGUGACAACUAUCUGAACGGUUCGAUUCCAAAAGGACUCCUGAGCUUGCCUAAGUUAAUCCAACUCGAGCUCCAAUAUAAUCUCCUCUCUGGUACUUUUCCAGAGACGGAAAAAUUGUCCAAGAGUCUGGGGCUGAUUAGUCUUUCUAACAAUAAUCUCAACGGGCAAUUGCCCCCCAGUAUUGGGAAUUUUGCCGGUGUCCAGAAGUUAUUGCUGGAUGGGAACAAAUUUUCGGGCUGGAUUCCAUCUGAAAUUGGGAAGUUACAGCAGCUAUCAAAGAUGGAUUUGAGCAAUAACAAUUUUUCUGGCCCCAUUUCGCCAGAGAUCAGCAAGUGUAAGCUGUUGACUUAUGUCGAUCUUAGUCGGAAUCAACUUUCAAGUGAGAUUCCAAGAGAGAUCACUGGUAUGAGGAUUUUAAACUAUUUGAAUUUAUCAAGAAAUCAUUUGGUUGGGAGCAUUCCAGCUUCAAUAGCUAGUAUGCAGAGUUUAACUUCUGUUGAUUUUUCGUAUAACAAUUUGUCGGGGUUGGUUCCCAGCACUGCACAGUUCAGUUAUUUCAAUUACACUUCGUUCGUGGGGAAUCCCAAUCUUUGUGGCCUAUAUUUGGGGCCUUGCAAAGAAGGCAACAUCAAUGAAGUUCAAAGGCCACCCAAGAAAGGGACUCUGUCUCCUUCCAUGAAGCUACUACUUGUGCUUGGAUUGCUUGUAUUUUCCAUUGCAUUCGCAGCUGUAGCAAUUAUUAAGGCUCGUUCAUUGAAAAAGACAAGUGAAGCUCGUGCCUGGAAGCUUACUUCUUUCCAGCGCUUGGAUUUUACUUGCAAUGAUGUUUUGGAUUGUCUGAAGGAAGAUAAUAUCAUUGGAAAAGGAGGCGCUGGUAUUGUUUACAAGGGGACGAUGCCUAAUGGUGAGCAGGUUGCUGUUAAAAGGUUAGCCUCAAUGAGCCGAGGUUCUUCACAUGACCAUGGUUUUAAUGCUGAGAUACAGACAUUAGGGAGGAUUAGGCACAGAUACAUUGUUAGAUUACUGGGGUUCUGUUCCAAUCAUGAAACAAAUCUUUUGGUUUACGAGUACAUGCCUAAUGGGAGCUUGGGGGAAUUGCUUCAUGGCAAGAAAGGAGGUCACUUGCAUUGGGAUACUAGGUAUAAGGUUGCUGUGGAAGCUGCAAAGGGGCUUUGCUAUCUUCAUCACGACUGUUCACCUUUGAUUGUUCAUCGUGAUGUUAAAUCCAAUAAUAUUCUUCUGGAUUCUAAUUUUGAAGCUCAUGUAGCUGAUUUCGGUCUAGCCAAAUUCUUGCUAAACUCUGGAGCAUCGGAGUCCAUGUCAGCUGUAGCUGGUUCUUAUGGAUAUAUUGCUCCAGAGUAUGCCUACACACUCAAGGUGGAUGAGAAGAGUGAUGUGUACAGCUUCGGUGUAGUUCUUUUAGAACUUGUAACUGGAAAGAAACCUGUUGGGGAGUUCGGGGAUGGUAUUGACAUAGUCCAAUGGGUUAAGAGAAUGACAGAUGGGAAGAAGGAUGAGGUGCUCAAAAUCCUUGAUCCUAGACUACCUACGGUUCCUCUCCAUGAGGUGAAGCAUGUAUUCUAUGUUGCAAUGCUGUGUGUUGAGGAACAAUCUCUGGAACGCCCCUCCAUGCGCGAGGUGGUGCAAUUGCUUACCGAGCUUCCAAAGCCAGCAAGCUCCGAUUCAGGAGAUUCAACAGUCUCGGAAUCCCCUCCUACAUCGAAUUUAGCAUCUCCAGCCACACCUCCAACAAAGAACUCAGAGGACCACCCGCCACAGUCACCGGAUCUUCUUAGCAUUUAAGGCGCUUUAUCAUUUUUUCCCCCUGUAUCCUUAGUGUUCAUGCAUUUCAAUUUUUGUACAGUAAUAGGGUUGAUGGGGGCGUUUUUCUAAUAUUGUAACUUAUGUUUAUCAUGCGGUGGUUGUGAUUCUGUGACUUGCAAAAGUUGUGUUGAAAAUCUGUAUUAUUUUAGUUCCCAUUCGGGUUUGGUUCA